GGUCUGUGUCAGGUGGGUCUGUAUCAGGUGGGUCCGUCAGGUGGGUCUGUGUCAGCAGGUCCCCUCAGUCCUCAGCUGCUCACAGCUCUGAGGAUUACUGCAGCUCUGUGCAGGAUCAGGGUCUGCAGGAGGACCACAGGUCUGCAGAACCACAGGUCUGCAGGAGGACCACGGGUCUGCAGGAGGACCACGGGUCUGCAGGAGGACCACAGGUCUGCAGGAGAACCACAGGUCUGCAGGAGAACCACAGGUCUGCAGGAGGACCACAGGUCUGCAGGAGGACCACAGGUCUGCAGGAUCAGGGUCUGCAGGAGGACCACAGGUCUGCAGGAGGACCACAGGUCUGCAGGAUCAGGGUCUGCAGGAGGACCACAGGUCUGCAGGAUCAGCAGGAGGACCACAGGUCUGCAGGAUCAGCAGGAGGACCACAGGAUGGUCUGGACUGGACAGGUUCAGGGGGCGUUAAAGCUGCUACUGUUGGUCUGGCUGAUAGUUGCACCGGUUCUGACCCGGGUCCGGCACCCCGUCCCUGUUCUGUGGAUGAUGCCAACCGGCUCCGGGUCAGGGAGGGAGAACCUGACAGCAGGACUGGUCCCAGCGGUCAGACUGGCUCUGCAGGACCUGCAGGACCAACCAGAACCUCUGGGGAACUAUGAGAUCCAGCUGCAGCUGCUGGACUGUCAGUGCGAUCCUGCUGAAGCCCUCAGAGUCCUGUUUGACAGCAUGUGGGCGGGGCCCAGGUACCUGCUGGUGUUCGGGGGGGCGUGUCCAGCGGUGACGGCGCUCAUGGCUCGUGCGCUGCCUGCCCUCAGCCUGGUGCAGGUGUCCUUCGUGGCCCCGCCCCUCAGCCUGUCCAACAGGAAGCGGCACACGAACCUGUUGAGCACGGUGCCGUCGGUGCGAGCCCUGAACCAGGCGGUGGUGAAGCUGCUGCACAGGUACAGGUGGAGGAGAGUCGGGCUCAUCACCGGAGACCGUCCUGGACUGGCUGAGAUGAAGAAGGAUCUGAUCCGACAGCUGCUGAAGGCCGACGUUCAGCUGGCCGCCGCAGGAAGCUUCUCUGACGACGCCUGCGGCCGCCUGAAGGAGCUGAAGGAUGGAGACGUUCGGAUCAUCAUCGGGCAGUUUGAAGACAGCUCAGUGUCUGAGGUGUUCUGCUGUGCCUACAGGCUGAACCUGUUCGGACCUCGGUACCAGUGGAUUUUAGCAGCUGAAGGAUCAGCUGAAUGGAGGCUGGGAUGGCAGCCGUCAGGUUGUUCUGCUACCAGCCUGCUGACGGCUGCAGAUGGCUCCUUCAGGAUCCAGAUCAGACGCUUCAGCACCACAAACACCCCGGGAGCCUCUGGCCGGACUCCCCAGGACUACCAGGAGUCCUACCUCAAACAGCUGGUCCAGGAGGGGUCAGAGGUCAACCCGCUCCACGCCUUCGCCUACGAUGCGGCGUGGGUCGCCGGCGCCGCCCUGAGCCAGGUGAUGGAGGCGGUCAGACUGCGAGAGAAGUACGGUGCUCAGGUGACGGUCAGCGAGGAAGAGGAGGUGAAGAUGCUGCUGGAGGCCGUGAAGAACAUUCAGUUUGAAGGAGUCACGGGUCCAGUUUCCUUUCGGAACGGGGAGAGGAUGACAACAAUGGAGCUGAUCCAGUUUCAAGGUAACAGCGGUGUGUUGGUUGGAGAGUUUAACACGACGACUCAGCAGCUCCGACUGAUGAACCACCUGCUGAAGUUCAAAGGUCCAGGACCAGCCAAAGACCAGACCUUGGUCCGUCUGCAGCACCGGCCCGUCAGCCUCUUCCUGUACUUCAUCAUGUCAUCAGCUGCUGCCGUCAUCAUCUUCAUCACUCUGAUGGUCCUCUGCUUCGUCAUCAUCAACCACAGAUGCUGGUCUGGUUCCUUCCAGGACCAGUUUCUCCUGCUGGGCCUCCUGCUCUGCUCCUCCUCUGUGCUCCUCUCUGGACUGGACGAGACCUCUCUGUCUGACGAGGUGCUGGACGUUCUCUGCUCCGCCCGUCUCUGGACUCUCUCAGUGGGUCACUCUGUGGGCUUCAUGGUUCUGUUCACCAGAAUCUGGACACUGUACUCUGCCUGCAGCAUUGAGCCCAAGCCCAUAGGCUGUGCUCUGAUCUGGGUUCUCCUGCUGGACCUGUUGGUUCUGAGCUCCUGGCAAAUCCUGGAUCCACUCAGACGGGUGGUGCUUCAUCACAGCACAGAGGAGUACCUGGACGAUCAGGACGUCAUCCUCCGCUUGUUUUCUGAGCGCUGCAGCAGCAACAACAUGGAGCUGUGGUUGACUGCUGUCUGUGGAUACAGAACACCUCUGCUGGCUCUCGGCUGUUUCCUGGCCUGGACCAUCAGAUCCUGGGACCUGGGUCCAGCGGGCGCCAGCGGUAAGCUCCUCCCCCUCAGUAUGUUGGGCGUGACGGCGUUCAGCGUGUCGGGCGUGUUGGCCUCGCUGCUGACGUCCCAUGAUCCUCCUCUUCAGUUCUGUGUGAGCAGCAUCCUCAUCCUCAGCUGCAACCUCUUCAUCCUGGGCGGGCUGUUCGGACCUCAGAUUUUUUCUGUUUUGUGGAGCAGAAAGGAGCUGCAGGAAGAAGCUGCAGAUGAGGAAGAGGAGGAGCAGCUGAGGAGGUCCAACCAGGAGCUGAGGAGUCAGGGAGCUCAGCUGGAUGUUCUGAUAGAAACCAUCACCAUGCAGCUGGCUGAGAUGUUUCAGGAUGAAGCUGGAGGAAAACCUGCAGAAGCUGGAGUUCAGUCUGUGACUCAUGAAGCUCAGAUCUGUUCUCCAAUCCAACACCUGCAGAGAAAAACUUCUAGUCCUGACGACAUCAACUCUCCUGAACAAGUUGGGCGUCGUCUGUCCGUCCAGCUGCCCAUCCUGCAUCAUUCCUACCUGCCCCUCAUUGGUGGCAUCAGCACCAGCAGUUCCAGCCAGUUCAGCAGCCAAGAUGUGUUUUUUCCCCAUCACGACAACUUCCUGUAUGCCUGACUGGACAACAGAAUGACCUCGUUACUGAAAACCAGAGUCCAGAUCUACGGCAGAAAGAAACAAUUAUUUACAUUAUAAAUAUUUAAAUUUGUUUCUGCUAUAAAACUGUUUCCUUCCUUCAAAAAAUAUUUAAAACGUUAAAUGUUU